AUUUUUACCUUUUAUUGGAAGUCAUCAGCCUGUUGGCGUUUUGAUUGAUAAGACUUCUCCGACUUCUACUCCGGGGCACGCGAGUUAUAUCCUCCUGUCGCACCGGACUCGCGAUACCCUCCUUAUCUAUACCACAACCUCAAAUCUACACUUCGCCAUGUCGUCGUCAAGACUCGCUGGCGGUGCUAAGCACCGGCUGAUGUCCGAGAUGCAAGAGCUCUCGAAAGAGAAAUGGGUGAACAUCGAUUUGGUGAAUGCCAAUAUCCUACGUUGGCGCCUUGGUCUUAUUGUUGUUAAUCCCGAUAGCGCAUUUAACGGGGGCUACUUUAAGGCCGAGAUGACCUUCACUGAAGAGUAUCCCUACCAGCCGCCGACAUUUAGAUUCCUAAUCCCCAUCUAUCAUCCCAACAUCUACCCCGACGGCAAACUGUGUAUCUCCAUUCUACACACUCCCGGCGAAGACAUCAUGUCUGGGGAGCAGGCUAGCGAGCGAUGGUCUCCUUUACAAGGUGUUGAGUCUGUGCUCCGGUCCGUUCUCCUACUUUUAGACGAUCCCGAAAUCAACUCCCCGGCAAAUGUAGACGCCAGCGUAACGUACCGGGACGAUCGCGCCACCUACAACAAGAAAGCCAGGGAAAUUGUCGAGAAGUCCAAGAGCGAUAUUCCGAGCGACUUCGUGAUGCCAACCAGCCUCGAACCUCCGCCGCCACCGAAGCCGGUAGACGACGAUGCUGCAUUUUGGGACGAAAGUGACGAAGAACUUGAUUUCGGAGGUAGUGACACAGGCGAUGACGCGGAAUUAGCAGAGUUCGAUGAAGACGGCGAGGAUGACGGCGCUAGCGACGACGACGAUAACUGACAUCAGCCCGUUCUACGCAAUAUUUGACAUUCACUACUUGACCUCCGAGAAUGGGUCGGCAAAGGAUUUCCUGACUCAGUAUACAAUUGCAUAGCGGGGGUAAGGCGUUUACGGAUCUCUUGCACCUUUGGCGCGCAUCCCGGUCCGUCUUUUCGUCGUAUUGGAUUAUCAUUGAUCGACUUUUCG